AUGAGACCCAUGGUUGCACGACUCUCCCGGCUCGGACUCGGAACGCGCCGAUUAUACUGCAGCCCAGGCCCUCACCCGCUCCGGUGCUUCUCUUCCGACCAUGCGCCGGAUCAAAAAGAUGCUACCACCGAGUCCUCCGCAGUCCCUUCGCCAGUCACCACCACCACCAGCAGCAGCAUCACCAACGCCUCAGAUGAUGGAGGACGUACUGAUGCCAACAUUUCCCUUUCCAAGUCCUCCAACCACCAUGACCUUCCUUCCUUCCUCCAGUAUGCCAAGCGCACCGGUCUCGGUCAUGAAACCACCGUCUUUGUCGGAACACACUACGAAUACACGAUAGCUUCCCUCUUGACCGCGUACGGCUUCUCUCUCAACCGGGUGGGAGGGCAACAUGAUUUCGGGAUCGAUCUCCUAGGCACAUGGUCCGUACCGACGGCCGAACGACCCUUGCGAGUCAUUGUGCAGUGCAAGGCCAUCCAAAGCACUCGUCCUCAUCUGAUCCGGGAGCUGGAGGGCGCAUUUGUGGGAGCGCCAGUGGGAUGGAGAGGGUCCGAAGUGUUUGGCGUCUUGGUGGCCUCCAAGACCGCCACAAAGGGAACCCGAGACGCGCUGGCGAGGAGCCGGUGGCCGUUGGUGUUCAUCGGAUGCUCUAGGGAGGGGAAAGUCGAACAGCUCUUGUGGAAUCACCGCGCCGAGCAGGAGGGGCUGCAGGGGUUGGGGGUCGCAAAGCGACAUUCUCCCGAGGGUGGGGAGCAGUUGGUGUUGAUGCACAAGGGGAAACACCUCCCGUUGAUCAGGAGGGAAGGGUUGCCGCCGCCGGCGUCGAGCGAUGUUGAGCAAGAUGAAGCCUCGCAAAGUAUAGAUAAUAAAGAUGAUUCCGCUUGA